AGUUGGAGGAGAGGAGCAGAUCAGGAGGAGCGAGCAGAAGAAGGAGAGGAGCAGUAGGAGGCGAGGAGAAAUAGGAGCAGUAGGAGGAGAAGAGAAAUAGGAGAAGAGGAGCAGUAGGAGGAGGGGAGCAGAUCAGGAGGAGAAGAGUAGGAGGAGAGGAGCAGAUCAGGAGGAGCGAGCAGGAGAAGUAGUGGAGCAGUAGGAGGCGAGGAGAAAUAGGAGCAGUAGGAGGAGGAGAAGAAAAGGAGGUGAAGGAUUAGUAAAAGUUUCUGGACGCAGUCUAAGUGGUGGUGUUGGAGAGGGGGCGGUGUUUCGCGGAAGUUUGUAUCGCUUAGCAACCGAGUGUAGACGGGGGAGACAUGGCGCGGCGGGAUCAGCUCUCUACACGGAUCUUCAUCAACAACAUAGACUCCUACUCCUCUGGACACCUCGCUGAGUAUCUGUCGGGCUGUGUGGUCGGCGGGUCGCUGGAGGAGUCUGAGGGACAGCAGGAGGAGCAGGAGGAGGAAAGUGGAGGAGCUGAACUGAGAGAUCAACACCUGGAGCGCUUUCAGAUCGUCGGGACUGUUAGAAAAACUACAGAGAUAAAGAAGAAGAGCAGGAGCUUCGCUCUGGAGGAGUACUCGGCAUUAAGCAGAGAUGAGCUCCUGCAGUGCCUAAAGAAGUGUGAUGUUAUUGUGUACAACAUCUCAGAGGAUACUGAUGUAAUUGAUGAAGCAACAUGGGCGAUCUCAGCUCUCCACAGUGAAAUCAAUCACAUCAAACUUCCUAAAGUAUUCAUUUUGGUGUCAACAUUGAUGACGUGGGCAAUGACUAAACCAGCUGAUCCUGAUGAUCCUGAGGUUCCUCUGUUAGAAGACGACUACAGACGGAAAAGAUCACAUCCAAAUUUCAAAGCGCAGGCUAGUGCAGAGAAACUCGUCUUGAAAUUGGGAAAAACGAAAAAAUCCAAGCUCACCACCUACAUUGUGGCUGCGGGGCUGCAGUACGGUAUGGGUGAGAGUAUGUUCCACAUUUUCUUCAAGGCAUCCUGGCUCGGAGAGAUGAGCAGCAUCCCUGUUUUGGGCUCAGGCACUAAUAUCGUUCCUACCAUCCAUAUCUACGAUCUGGCUGGGAUAGUACAAAAUAUCAUUGAUCACAAGCCCAAAGCACACUACUUUGUUGCUGUGGAUAAUUCCAAGAAUACGCUUGAAGACAUUGUGAAGGCAAUUGCAUUUGAGCUGGGUCCUGGUAAAGUUACGAAAGUACCCAAAGAGCAUCCGUUCAUUACUCAGAAACUUGAGAAAUCUCAUCUAGAUCACCUUAGCCUUAACCUUCGGAUUGAGCAAGUUUUACUAAGGGAUACGUUUGAUCUGCGCUGGGUGUGUGAAUCUGGAAUAAUAGACAACAUCAGCAGUGUUGUGGAGGAAUACAAACAGACCAGACGGCUUCUACCAAUCAAGAUUUGUCUUCUUGGUCCCCCUGCGGUUGGGAAGACUUUGGUUGCCUUACAACUGUGUAACCAUUAUAAACUCCAUCAUAUCAGAGUCCAGGAGGCCAUUGAAGAAAAAAUUAAACAUCUGGAAGAAGUGCUUCAGGGAAGUGAUGGAGAAAAUGACAAUGAAGAAGUUUUACAAGAAGCACAGGAGCUGCUGGACUCACUCAAGGACUGUGUGUCUCAGAAUACUGAACAACUGAAUAACCAAGGCGUGUUGCGCACUAUCAGAGAGACACUCAACUCAAAGCCUUGUAGAAACCAAGGGUUUGUUUUGGAUGGCUACCCCACUACCACUGAGCAAGCAAAAGAAAUCUUCUAUGAUGAGGAUGUGGAACAGGGGGACUCCAGAUCCAAGCUACCUUCAUAUAACACAAAGAUAAUACCAGAGUACAUCUUCUCACUGGAUGCCACUGAUGAAUUUCUAAAAGAGCGUGUUCUGGAGCUUCCACAGAACCUAGCAGAGGAGAUGCAUUACACUCAGGAUGAGUUUCUGCAGUGCCUUUCCACAUUCAGGGCUCAAAACACAGAGGAUGAAACAGUGCUUAACUACUUUGAUGAACUAGAGAUUCACCCAGAACACAUUGAGAUCAACAGCACCAUUGAUUCUGAGAAUAAGGCUGUGAUUGAGAAAAUAAUCCAAAUAGUGGGAGGUGCAAUGAACUAUGGCCCCACCCCUGAGGAAAAAGCAGAAGAACAGCAAAAAAUUGCUUUGUUGAGAGACCAGCAGCUUGCACAGGAGGCAGCAGACAGAGGCCUGAGAGAGGCUGAGAAGAAGGCUAGAAUUAGUGCACAACAAGAGGAAUGGAACAGGAAUAUGAAGGAGGUGAAGCAGCAGGAGUGUGAGCUGCUGGAUGCUCGCUCUCUUCCUCUGAGACACUAUCUGAUGAAGCAUGUUAUACCAACAGUCACCGAGGGGUUGGUGGAGUGCUGCAAAGCUAAACCUGACGAUCCUCUCGACUUUUUGGCUGAGUACCUUCUCAGGAACACAUUGGAAGACUAGUCUUCUGCUCUUCUCCUGACUCAAAUGGAAGAAUAAAAACAAGUUUGGAUUUCAGAGAAAAGAUCCUUUUUUCUUUACUUGCUUGUUUUAUGGCCUGAUUGCAUCUUUGAACAAUAAAACUGUAAUGAUGUUUUGAUUAAAAUGUUUGCAUCCACUGAA